UUCCUCUCCACACCCUUUUCCAAAAACUAAUAUAAAUACCACACCGUAGACACACUCUGCUCAUUCAGAAAGUACUCAUCGUUGUCUUUCUUACCUUCAGGCCUUCAAACACCCGUUCUCUCUCUUUCUUUGUUUUUCAAGUUCUUCUCUUUCUUUCAAGUUCUUGUUUUUCAAGUUCUUCUCUUUCUUUCAAUUUCUUGCCUUUCAAACGCCCAGAUUCUCUCGUUUCCCUUCUCUUCUCUUUCAACCACAAACCAGAGCAAGUAAAAAAUGGGUAAGGGAGGGAUGUCUUCUCAGGGAGGGGCUCUAGAACCCAGGGAUGGUGAACAAGAAAACAUGGCUGCUUGGCUUGUGGGUGUGAACACCCUCAAGAUUCAACCUUUCAAGCUCCCCACUGUUGGUCCCAAUGAUGUCAGAGUCAAGAUAAAGGCUGUUGGGAUAUGCGGAAGUGAUGUCCACUACCUCAAGACCAUGAAAUGUGCAGACUUUGUUGUUCAAGAGCCCAUGGUAAUUGGGCAUGAAUGUGCCGGGAUCGUUGACGAAAUUGGUAGCAUGGUGAAGAAUCUGGUGCCCGGAGAUCGCGUGGCUCUAGAGCCCGGCAUCAGCUGUUGGAGAUGCGAGCAGUGCAAGGGCGGGCGAUACAAUCUCUGCCCAGACAUGAAGUUCUUCGCCACCCCACCAGUCCACGGCUCAUUGGCAAAUCAGAUUGUGCACCCUGCAGAUCUGUGCUUCAAGCUCCCGGAGAAUGUGAGUUUGGAGGAAGGGGCCAUGUGCGAGCCCCUGAGUGUUGGUGUUCAUGCCUGUCGGCGAGCCAAUAUCGGCCCAGAAACAAAUGUCCUGGUGAUCGGAGCAGGGCCAAUCGGGCUUGUGUCGGUGCUCUCUGCUCGUGCUUUUGGGGCAGCCAGAGUUGUCAUUGUGGAUGUGGAUGAUGAGCGCUUAUCCAUUGCGAAGUCUCUAGGCGCCGAUGACGCCGUCAAAGUCUCAACAAACCCACAGGAUUUAGAAGCUGAAGUUUCUAAGAUAAGUAAGGCGAUGAAAGGUGGAGUAGAUGUGAGCUUUGACUGUGUGGGUUUUAAUAAAACUAUGUCAACGGCCCUCAGCGCCACCCGUCCGGGCGGCAAAGUUUGCCUCGUGGGCAUGGGUCACGGCGUGAUGACUGUUCCCCUCACCCCUGCCGCUGCCAGGGAAGUUGAUGUGGUUGGAAUAUUCCGGUAUAAGAACACAUGGCCGCUGUGCCUGGAGUUUUUGAGAACCGGCAAGAUCGAUGUGAAGCCCCUCAUAACGCACCGUUUCGGAUUCUCCCAGAAGGAGAUUGAAGAAGCCUUCGAAACCAGCGCGCGUGGCGGAAAUGCCAUAAAAGUCAUGUUUAAUUUGUAAAGAUGAGCUACUUACUACCAAGUUUUUACCUUUAUCCAAUUUCUUAUUAGAGAGGUCGGCGAGAACAUUAUCCGUUAACAAGGCAUUGUUGAAUAAGUGCCAUUGUAUGAAUUAAACAAUAAUAAUAUUAAUAGUA